AUGAGAGUGAGCAGAAUUCUGUACCAAAAUCCGGUUGUAGUUUUUGGUGGUCUAAUACAGUUUGAUACCAUGCCGAUCACUGAUGAAGUGAGUAUGCAGAAUAUGUUUCAAAUUCACCGGCAAACUCAGAUGCGACACCUACAGAUUGAGUUGUACGUUGAGUUUGAAACUGUAGAGGCAGUAUCGGUUCAAAAUGAUAUAGAUAUAGAUGAUGAUAGAGCUGCAGUGUACGAAGGAAUGAGUAGUGACAACGUAGAGGACUUCGAAGCCACUUAUGAAGUCGGCGACGAAGAUGAGGAUGGUGAUGUGGGAGUUGAGGCAGCAACAGAGAAUGUAGUGGUUCAUCCCUCGAGCAGUCAACCGAUGUACAUUCCACCUUUUAUGCGUGAGUUGGAUCUCGACGCCAUGCAUGCCCCCGAGUUUCCGGAAUAUGCAAACAUAGGAGAGUUCCAGAUUGAAAUGGAAUAUAGUUCUAGAAAGUCGGUCGUCGCAGCAAUUAGAAGUUUCACUAUAUCUAGAAGAGUUGACUAUGAUGUGUAUGAGUCUGAGUCACAGACGUUCUAUGCAAAAUGCAAGAUGUACGGGCGUGGAUGUGACUGGCUUAUUCGAGCCAGCUUGAUACGGAAAAAAGGUUGUUGGGAGAUAUGCAGAUAUAACGGUAGGCACACGUGCACGAUCGGAACAAUUUCACUAGAUUAUUCCAAGUUGGACUCGGAUACAGUUGCUGAGGCUAUAAGGCCAUUGGUCGAGACGGACCCGUCCAUCAAGGUGAAAUCUAUAAUUGCGAAAGUCCAGUCAAGGUUCAACUAUACCAUCAGUUACCGAAAGGCUUGGUUGGCAAAGCAGAAGUCAAUAGCCAAAGUUUUCGGUGGUUGGGAGGAUUCUUACCAAGCCUUGCCAUGGUGGCUCUCGGUCAUGGUGCAGAAGAUGCCUGGUUCAGUUGUCCAAAUAGAAACACGACCACUGUACAACGAGAAUGAGGAGGCGCAAGGUGUAAAAAUACUUCAUCGUGUAUUUUGGAGUUUUAAUCCAUGCAUUAGGGCAUUCAGGCAUUGCAAGCCCCUGGUUCAGGUUGACAGCACACACCUAGUCGCUGUUGCACAAGAUGGGAACCAGAACAUUAUGCCUAUCGCCUUUGCCUUGGUGGUAGGGGAGACAGCUGAUGCGUGGCACUUCUUUCUCAGGAAUCUAUGA